CUCGAAGUUGUCCCGCGUCGGGUGCGAUUGACUCGGAGGUUAUCUGAAUAGUUUAUAAUAAUAGUUUAUACUAAUAAUUGGUAUAGUUCAUCUGAAUUCAACGCUCGACUGGACUGCCGACAGAUCCGCUCGACGAGCAGGUAAUAAACCAAUCGCAGCAGGUAGCGAAUGUUCUGAACGAUGGUAAUUCGAUUUCCAUCCAUCUUGCCCGCUGUAUAUGCCGAACAAAGGAAACAAUCAGUUUCUAGGCGGCUGUUGACACGUAUCGGGGCGUACUUGCCGUGGGUCUGCUUAUUCAGUUCGAUAACAAUCGUUUGGAGCGGAGCGAACAACUUGCACAUGCAAGAUGGUGUCCGGACGCCGGACGUGAUAGCGGGGGACGUGUUCUUUGAGAUUGUUGACCCCCCGGAGCUUCAAUACACUUACCGGUUACGGCCGGCAAAGGAUUUCGGAGGCAGCUUCGGUACAACAUUCCGGUCGAAACGGGCAAAACUAGUGCCAGCUAUUCCGGCGGAUGCGUGCUCAACUAAGUUUGUGAAUGUAGAGGAGCUGAUCGGAAAUAUUGCAUUGGUGGAGCGAGGUGACUGUUCGUUUUUGACGAAGGCGAUCAACGUAGAGGCAGUCGGUGGUGCUGCAGUUAUAAUGACCGAUGUAGAUGUCGAUUCAGACGACUACGAUUAUUACAUCGAAAUGGUGCACGACAAUACAGAUCGGGACACGGACAUUCCUGCCGCAUUUCUGCUUGGCAAAAAUGGACUUAUCAUUCGGCGUACGCUGAAUAAACUAAAGAUUCCGUAUGCCGUUGUGAACAUACCGGUUAACCUCACAUUCGUGCAGCCGCACGAAAUCAAUCAGCCACCGUGGCUGCAGUGGUGAGCAGGCUUUGAAAAACGAUGCGGCGAACCAGUGAUUUAAGUUAUUGCAAUGGAAAGGGAAACAGUCCAACGGUUGUGAUGUAACAAAACGAACAAAACGAAAUCAGUUACUAAUAUUUCAAAUGUGAACAUACUGCGCAUUAAA